AUGACCAACACGCCAACGGCUGACAGCUUGCCUAUCGCUGCCGUCCGCCACGCUGUCACAAUCGGCUAUAUUGCGCGGCAGGCCCUGGCCCACACCGCUUGUCUGCAGGCCGCCACCGCCUCUGCCAACGUCGCCCGCUGGCUGCACGAUGCCGUCCUUGUCGUGAUCGGCUUCACGGCUUCCUAUCCGGUCUGUCCACCGUCGACGCUGGCCCGCCGCGCCAUCGACCCGACGCUCGAGGCGCUCGCCAUGUGUGGCGCGGGCAUAGGCCUAGGCCUGGGCCUGAGCCUGGAUGCUGAAGUGGCAGAGCUGCGGCGACUCGCUCGCGAAGCAGACGACAUCCUCGAUGGCUUCAGUGGACGGCGGACAGGGCUGGAGCGACCAGCUGAGGUGCCAGCGACACCGGCCAGCUGUCUGGCCGCCCCGGCAGCCGGUGAGCCGGACAGGUCCCUGGUGACCGAGCUGCAGGGGUCGGUUUAUAGCGAUCUGGAUCCAGUCGGCAACGCCGAGUUCUGGGCCGGCUUCAUGCAGCAGCUCGACACACCGGUCCAGAAUUGUGUGCCGGGUUAG